AUGUUGAAAGUAGUAGCUUCACUUGUUAUUACUGUCAAGAUGUUUUUUAUGAAUAAAACGAAUGAUUUCCAACACGGAUAUCACGUUACAAACCUGUAUAUAGUGUUUAUUUUAAAUUUGGAAGAAAAAAAUUGCGAUUUCUGUGGAUCGAACACAGGACCUUCAGAUUAA